AUGCAGAAAAAAAGAUGGAAAAGCUACUGGAGACAUUUUUGGUGUUUUGGGUAUAACAAAAACAAACAGCGAAUUGGACAUGCUGCUCUUGUUCCUGAAACCCCAACCACUGGAGCAGAUGCUCCAACAGCUGAAAAUCUAUCCCAACCACUUUCCAUAGUACUUCCUUUUGUUGCACCACCUUCCUCUCCUGCAUCAUUCCUUCUGUCAGAACCUCCUUCAGCAGCCCAGUCGCCAACUGGCCUCUUAUCGCUCACCUCAAUAUCAACAAAUAUCUAUUCUCCUGGUAACCGUUCCUCAAUUUUUGCCAUUGGUCCUUACGCUCAUGAGACUCAGUUAGUCUCUCCACCUGUAUUUUCAACAUUUACCACUGAACCAUCAACUGCCCCCUAUACUCCUCCCCCUGAAUCAGUUCACUUAACUACACCUUCCUCUCCUGAAGUGCCAUUCGCACGGCUACUUGAACCCAGCUUCCAAAGUGGUGAAGGUGGUCAGAGAUACCCAAAUAAGUAG